GUGACAGGACCAAAUUCGUUUUGCUGGUGCGACAAGUAUCUUAAAGAUGCAGAGGACAAGUGCGAGAUGUGUGAGGAACGGGUACAAAAACGGGAGGCCGUCUCAAUAGUACCACUGGACGAAAUCUGGGAUGUCCGUUGUAAUAUAGUCCUAGGAAGAACGAAAAUACCCAAGGAGAAUCAGUACAAGCCAUGUCAGGGAAGCGAAACCUAUCAAGCAGCAUCCGUAUUGAACAUCCUUGCGACACCUGAAAUUUUUGAAGGAGGAAAUAAAGCUUAUGUUAGAGAAUAA